AUGUUAGACGAUAAGUCUAUUCAUCGGAUUAAUGGGAUUGAACUAACAAACGAGAUUGUUUGGGAAGAGUGGGUUCCAGGAGAGAAGUACACAAAAAUUUUGAGGCUGCAUAAUGUGGACAGAAUAUCUCAUAACUUUACGUUUUUAAUGCCACGUUCAGGAGUCUUCAGUAGUGUGCAUAAAAACAAGUUUAGAAUUUCGCCUGGAACAACUAUUGAGUUGCCGAUAACGUUCCGACCCACAAAGUUAAUGGAGUUAUGUGAGGAGAUGACGUUUGACUUAUCAGGUAAAACAACAAACGUAACAUUAAAGGCAAUUCUACCCACCUAUCUCUUGAAGCUGCCGGAAAAUAUUAAUUUUGGUCCUGUGGCAGUAAAUACUAUUAAAACACAUAUUUUCACUCUGAAGAAUAUGACAAAGUUAAAAACCGAUUUUAAACUGAAGGUGACCUCUCCUUUGCAGAUCUCCCUGGAUGAAGGUACACUCAACUCCUUCGAAAAGAAGGCGAUUGAGAUUAUUUUUGCCCCUAUUACUCCAGGAUACAUUAAGACGAAUGUCAUAUGCAUUUUUGGUGACAAAAGGACAUGGAAAAUGAAACGCAUGGAUGUCACAGGAACGGCGGAAAAUGAUCGACUUCAUAUUUUUCCUGUGAACGUGAAAACGAGUGAAAGUGAAAAUUCUGGAUCUGUUGUUUUUCUUUCAUUUGACAAUGUAUCUACUGGUCGUUCAUCACAAGAAACUAUUGUGGUUGAAAACUAUUCGAAUGUUGAUAGUUCGAUAAAAAUCAAACCAGUUAGCCGGAACGCUGGUUUUGAUGGAAGUACAGUUUUUCGUUCCCUGGUAUCAGUAGCCACCAUUCCUGGACAAUCGAGAUCACAAAUCAGUUUUACCUACACUCCAAGAAUGCCGAAAUCUUAUGAUAUAGGCUAUUACAAAAUUUGUUCAUUAAACAGUUAUGGUGAAACAAUGAUAAAAUGUAUGGGUAAAUCAAAAGAUGUAAAUAUUCAACUUUCAACAAAUUACUGUACAUUCCCAAUCACUCAUAUUGGUGAAUUCCAUCAUCAAGUAGUGAAUAUCAUAAAUCAUUCCGACUAUUCAACAGUCUAUGAAUUAGUAGCUGGUCAAUCACAAAUGUAUAUUGAUGAAAAUAAUCAAUCAUUUACUAUUGUAUCUACAGUAUUUCCAAUUAUUAAAGGUAUAUCGAAUGGUAUUAUUAAAUCAAAAGAAACGUUACAAUUGAUUAUUGGUUUUUAUCCACAAGUACCAGGUCAUUUUUAUCGUCGAUUUACUCUAUUAGUGUGUAAUCAAGAACCACAAUUUUUACAUUUAUUUGGUACUGGUCAUAAUUUAAUUGAAAGACCACAUCAUUUAAAACCAAAACAUUUAAUGAAUAUAGAAUUAUAUAAUCAAAAAUUGGGCAAUGAAAUCAAUACAUUUCAACAAUAUGUUUAUGAUAAUCAUCAAAAUGGCUAUGAGAUUUAUUCUGAAAUGAUGCAAUCAUCGGAAAUCAUGAUGAAUCCACCAUUACUCUCAUUAAAUCAUACAAUAUGGGAUUUUACUUCAAAUUCUGAUUUAUUAUCUAAAGCAUUAUUAUGUGUAGAACAAUUCAACAAAACAAUCAAUCAAGGUUUACCCUUAAAUCUUGAUGAUUUAGCUAUAUGUAAUACAUUGAUCAUUCAAAAUUGUACUAAUCAUGUCUUAAUAAUUCAUUGGACUUCCAAUAAACAACUUGAUGUCAAUCAUCAAUCAAUCAAUAAUGAUAAUCAAUAUGAAGUAAAAAUCAAUAGUUUUAGAAUAGAACCACAAACAAAAGAACUUGCACCAAAUAGUUCAACAGAAUUUACUAUAUUAUUUACACCAGCUAAUAUGUGCCAGUAUUAUCAUCAAGAAUUUGAAGGAUUCGCUAUGUACAAAAAUCAACGAGAUGAUAGUUUGAUUAGUUCAGAAAAGAUAAAACCACCUUAUUGUUUACUGGUGAAUUGUUAUGGUCAUACAUUCCCUAGUAAUAAACAACCAUUUACACCAUGUUAUGAAAUGAAUAAAUCAAAAAUUAUAUUUGAUCCAAUUGAAUAUUGUGAAAAUAAAUAUGAUUCAAUAUCAUUAUAUAAUAAAAGUGAAUAUCCAUUAUUAAUACAACAUAAAAAUCUUAUGAAAUGUUUGAAUUAUGAAAAAUUUGACGAGAAUAGUUUCAAUAUUCAACUGAUUCCUUCAAUAACUUUAAUUCCGGCUAAUUCAUAUAAAGUGAUUGUUUUUCGAUGUGAAACUAACCAAUCAUAUGCUGACAUCAAGAAAAAGAUGGCGAUUAAAGAAGAUGAAAUUAUACUUAAAGGACUUGAGAUUGUGUCUAUGAAUAAGCAACCAGAAUAUGAAUGGAGAAUCCCAAUAGAAAUAGAUUUUACCAUAGCAAAUAUCACUUUAGAAAACAAUGGUGAACUAUAUUUUAUACCCACCCACAUUGGGUCAUAUACACAAAAAGAAUUCAAUAUAACAAAUAUCUCACCUUAUAAAACAGAAUUUUGUUGGGAAAUUAUUUCUGAUGACAAAACUGAAUUAGAAGUUUAUCCAACUAAAGGAGUUCUAUUACCAAAUGAAAUACAAUCACAACUAUGGACAUUUCAUCCAACCCAAAUAACGAAUUGUAUUUAUAAACCACGUCUUAUCUAUUGGAGAUUAAAUCAGUCCAACCAAAUGAUAUCACAUGAAAUCAAACAAAAAGAAUUACGUAUCAUCACAAUGUCUGGAAAUGUUCAAUUAUCCAUUGAGCCAGAAACAAUUCAUUGUCAUCCAUUAUUAGUAAAUACAUCAGCCAAAUAUAAGAUCAAUUUUCAUAAUCCCAGUAUAAUAUCAACUCAUUUCUGUACAAUAAUUAAACCAAUAUAUAAUGAGAGUAAUCAAGAUUUAAAAUUGAAUGAAUUUAUUAUAAUAAACCCUAAUGAGAAUCUGAUCAGUGGUCAUUCAACUAAAUCAAUUACAAUCGAUAUUUGUCCAAAAUCAAAAGGAAGCUUUUGUUUUCAUUUAUUCUAUCGUUUAUAUACUACUAAUGAAUUUAUUAGUAAUCAGAAAAAUAAUAAUAAAAUGAUUGAUGGAAAAAACAGUAAAUCGGAUGGUACACGUAAAUAUCUAACCGAAGAGAUAUUAGCUGCAACAAUAUUUGUUGAAGCAGUUUAUCCUACUUUACGAAUUACUGAUAUCCAUGGUUCAGGAAGCCUGAAUAAUACUAGUCCAGUGGAACUUUGGCGAAGUUUGGAUAUAGACAGUCUGAAUAUUAGUUUAGAAGCUGAUCCAACCGACUAUGAAUUAAAAGAUACAAUCAAUAGUCGUCCACUUUAUCGAGAUCAUCCUAAAUCGUUAGAUUGUCGUGGACCAGAAUUUGAUUUAUUCAUUGGAACAUCAGUUAUAGCUAAGAAUGAUGAGAUUAAUAAUUCUAAAGCAUUACUAUGUUUUCUAGUGGAAAAUUCAAGUUUGAUAGAAGUUGAUUUCGCUUUUAUGUUUCCGGAAGAUUUACGUCUUGAACUACCUAAUUGGGCAGAAAGUGGACAUUAUGAAGAAGCUGAACUUCAACAAUUACAUAUUGAAAAUCAUUCAUUAAUUGAUAUUCAACCAAGACGACGUUUGUUGAAGCCUGGAGAAUACUCUGAAAUUAUGAUCACGUAUAAUCAUAAUUUAUCUGGUUGUCAUCAAUUGCCAGUAAUUUGGAAAAUAAAUGGUGGUCGAGAAAUUAAGUUAAAUAUGAUUGGUAUUACAUUACCAUUAAAUCAACCUUAUUUACAAUUACCUUAUCGUAAAUAUAUAUUGAAUCCAACUCCAAUUGGUUUAGGAGAUUAUCGUUUAGGUUAUUUAUUUCAAAUGAAAUUAAAAAAUCCUAGUUUAAAAACAAUCCAUUUUCAUAUUAGUCCAUUACUUAAAUGGUUACCAAGGGAACAAAAAGAUAAAGAAUCUAAGAAAUCAGAACUAAAUGAGAAAUUUUUAGAAUAUAAUUUAUCUAUCCUUUAUUGUGUACAAAAUCAAGGAUUAAUUAAACCAAAUGAGGUGUAUGCAUUAGAAUGGAGAUUUCGUCCUAUAGAAGCUAAAACUUAUACUGCUUAUUGUUAUAUUCACAUUAUUGAUGCUGAAGUGUCACCAGUUACUGGUCAGUCAAUCUAUUCUGAUACUAUUCUAUUAGAAUUAAUAGCAAUUGGAUAUGAUCCAAAACAAUUGGGACCUAAAGAAAUCAUAGCCAAUCCACAACGUGUUCGAAUUCCCACAGCUAUUGAAAAUCAUAUAAUCUCUUUGGAUCGUAAUCCACAAUCAAUAAUUAGACAUAAUGAUGAUGAUAUUGAUGAAGGUGAAUUGACUUUUCGAAAUUUUCCACCACUUGCUCGACGAAUUAAAAUUCCAAUUGAUUCAUGGAUUAGCUUAUCACAUCAUUUAAUUGAAUUAAAUCGUAUUAUUAUUGGUACAUGUUGUAGACGUAUAAUUCAUAUGACAAAUAGAUUUAGUUCUGAUAUUAAUCGAUUACCUGUUAAUAAUCGUUCAAUUUAUCGAUUUCGAUGGUUUACUGAAUUUCCAAAUGAUACGGAGAAUGUUACUAUUAGUCCAAGAAUAGGAAGAAUUAAACCAGGUCAAACAAUUCAAGAACUUGUUACUUUUACAGCUAAUGGAUUACCACGUUUCACUGAGAUUAAACUAAUUUGUGAAUUAAUCGAUGAACAUGAAGAGAACAAAUAUUAUGAAGAAUUAAAAGCUUGGCAAUCUGAAAUAGAUAGAUUGAAAGUUGAAUUUACAAUAACAGAUAAUGAUUUAACAAAAAAGAAAACAAAAUCGGAAGCUAUCUCAUCACAAUCAGAUGAGAUUGAUAUGGAUGAAUUUUGUCAAAAAUGGCCAAAACCAAUUCAUACUAAACCAGUUUAUGUUUAUCUUACAAUCAACGCUGAAAUAAUUAAUGAUGAAGCUGCAAAAAUUUAUGGUGUAAACAAUGAAGGAAAGACAUCAUUCAUAGAUUAUGCACAAUUUUUUAAUUCGAAUCAUUCAGCUGCUAAAGCAUUAAGUUCCAAGAAGGUUCAAGAUUCUAUCUGGAGCUUACAUCAACACCUAUUCACUGAUUUAUUAACAUCUUUAAUAGACAGUUUAAUAUUUAAUAAUGAAUUUGUACAAAUGAUUCAAAAAAUUGUUAUUCCACCUGAGAAUAGAAGUGAUGCAUCACCAUUAUUGGUAACACCGCUAAACAACAAUGAGAUCAUGAUGGAUGAUAAUGAUGAUGAUGAUCCAGUACCACUAUGGAUACAAAUAAAAUCGGAUCAUUGUUAUAAAUCUAAUGAAUUAUCAACUAAUUACAACAUAAAUGAUAUAAAUAAAACAACAGAUCAACUCAAUCAUUGGAUACCUGAAAUAGUUAAAGAGAAACUUAAUAAACAAGAUAUGAAAAGUAUACAUGAAGAAACUGUUGAUACUAUGUGUAUACAGAAUCCGGCUAUUCAAUGGUUAAUUGAAGAUGCUUUAGCUGGUAUAUUAAGUAAUAUUUUGGAUGAAGUCAAUGAGAAAGAAUUUGAAAUAACUACUAGACCUAGAAUAAUCGCACUACCACCGACAACAUUACAGAACAAAUUGGAAGAUAAAUAA